AAAGCUACAACUGAAUGGAUGUUUAUUAUCAAAUCACGCACUCAGCGACUGAGGCAGUGGUUACUAGGUUGAUUGUUAGGUUGCUACGGACGGCACAAAAGCGGUGGCGAUGAUUUCGAUUUGAAAUCACCAGUCAAUGAGACCCAAACCACAACAACGCAAUGUAUAUAUAACCACAGUAACACGAAAUAACAGAGCCCAGGCUGUGUAUACCACGCUCUAAUAUACAUAUGUAUAUAUGCAGUAUAUACCAUGGUGAUAGAAUGUAAUAUAUCCCAGGGCGUGUAACCCGAAUGUAAAGUUUGACAGACGAUAAGGUUUUAGAGGGAAAAAAAUAACAUCUGAGGAUUUACGGAAGAUACAAGAGAGAGGGUCAAAAAGAGAGAUAGGGGAAAGAGACAGGAAGAAAGAGAAAGAAAGGACGAGGGUGGAGAGAUGGCCCAGGCUUAUCUGAGGAAUUCAGAAGGAUAUUGCUUCCCUUUGUCGCAGAAAAUAACAACCAUUGGCAGAGAAGGAUGUGAUAUCGUUAUACAGUUACCAACAAUCGACACACAACAUGCAAUGGUGGAAUUCAACAUGAAUGAAGGACUCUAUAUCCUGACUGACCUAAACAGCCUACAUGGAACCUUUGUUAACGAAGUCAAACUUCAGAAUUCAUCAGUGAGACUUCACCAAAAUGAUAUCAUACAAUUUGGAGCCAAAGGUCAUCCAUACGAAUUAUAUAUGUGUAAUUCACCUAUGAUCACUUGUUCAGAAAUACGACCUUUGAAGAAGACAGCAUGGAGUCAGCCCAAGAAGAACCUCUCAACAGAAAAUAUAUUUCCUCUUCCAUCAGCUCCGUCUUUACCCCAUCUUUCUCCAGCUCCUUACCAAACGAAACAUGAAGUCCCCACAUCUAUGACAACCUGGAGCACAGUGGCAGAAAACGUCAACAAUGGUUUUGGAACAAGGGCGGUUACAGGCUCCGUAACCCCUCCUUGGUCAUUUACUUUAUCAGUACCUCAGAACAGGUUCCUGCAGAAGAGGCCGUCAGAGACUUCUAGAAGGAUCAUGAUGGAAACAAUGACCACAUCAACACAACCCAUGAAUGUAUAUUCAACACACGGUGAUGGUUACUCAAUGACCGCCCCUUCUGCCUCGUCCUCUUAUAAUAAUCGGUCUGAGCAGCCUAUCAACUUCCCACAAGAGAUUCUAAAUACUUCAUACACAAUCCACCCACCAAGGGACCACAUGUUCACUAACAAGAACAACAGUUGCUCAGCACAAAACAGCGCAACAUGUAGCAUUAAGCUUUUAAGAGAUCAAUGUGAGCAGCAACAUGUAGAGAACAAAAGCGAAAUGAAAGAUGAAAGUGUUGAACUGCAGCCAAAAUGUCGGCCUGUUUCUUCAUCCACACCCUACAGUGCCAUAGCGAGAUACAAUGACAACCAGCCAUCAGAUGUUUGUGAGGAGUUUAAGACAGUACAGGUGUUGAAAGUGGAUUCGAAACCAGAUCCAUCCAGUGUGUACGUUAAACAUGAGUUGGAGAAUAAAGCCAAGCAGUUGAGUAAAGUACAGAUAGAAGUGGAGCAACUGAGAAAGGACAAAAGCAUCAUUACUGGGCUUGUGUCUCAGCUGCAGAGAGAAGUGUCCGAUAAGGAUGGUUCCAUCAUGAAGUUGACCCGAGAACUUGAAACCCUCAAAAAGGAGGCCUGGAAGAAAGAAACUAACCUGCAACAGCUGUCAACUAAGUUAUCUAAAGUGAAAGAUGGUGCCAAAGCUGUGGAAACAAGUGAAGUGCGAGAGAGAGAAAUUCGCAAUCUUCAGAACAAUUUGAUGUUGAUGGAGAAAGAAAUUGAGCAAAAGAACACUUUGGUUGGGUCACAGCAAGUGGAACUUGUUGAUCUGAAGCAAUUAGUCAGUGAGCAGAGGGAAGAGAAACGCCAGAGUGGGGCUGAAAUGGAGAAAGUUCAGUCGGAAUUAGAAGACAUGAAAAGAGCUGAAAGAAUGGUGAGAAUAGACUUGGAAAAGUCUGUCAAAAAGAUGGAAUGUUUCCGAAGCAGAGUUAUACAAGCCAUUUUCUCCGUUCCUGGCAGUGAGAUUCCAAAGAAAGAGGUCAGUGACGAUGAUUUGAUCGAGAUGUUGAAAAAGAUGGCUACAGCUGAAUCUAAGGUGAAAGAGAAACUAGCCAAGAUGCAGGACAAAAUAAACGAGGUUUAUAAGCAGAAAGAAGAAUUCAUUAAAGAUAUCCACCAGUUGGAAACAGGCUUUCAGGAAUCUGUUGAAAGAAUGAAGAACAAUGGUUUGCAAAGCUGUCUUCUUUCGCAGGAAAUCAAACUUUUAAAAUCUGUCAGCACUGAGAAGAAUUUAACGCAAUUAAAAACUCUCUUUGAACAAAUGGUUAAAAUAGAAUUUGAUUGGCAACAAAAAAUUGAAGAAUCUCUGGGAAAAUGUGGAAUCAAUGUUAAUAUUUCUACUGAAGAUCCUGCAAAACAUAUUGACUUCUUGCACAAGAAAUGGUCUCUGGCUUUGGAGGAAAACACACAACUAAAAUCUCGCAUAUCAAAGAAUGAGGAAAACCAGAAGUUGGAAGUUCAAUCCUUGACUGAAUCUUUGCAACAGGAAGCACAAGAAAGAUUAAAAGAAGCUGUGGAGAAAGCUGAACAACAAGGAAAGGAAGAACUCAAUAAGGCGGUUGAAGAAGUGAAGCAAGCAGAGGCUGAUAAGCAGGAAGAUCUUCUAAAGAAUGAAGAGAAGAAAAUUGAAGAAUUAAAUUCCACAAUUAUUAAACUGAAAGAGCUGAUCAACUCCAAGGACCAAGAGACCCAGAACAGAUUAGAAGAAGUCAAUAAAGUUUGGUCUGAGAAUGAAGAACUUAAGGUCUGUAAAACCCAGUUGGAAAGUGAAUUAGAAGAACAGCGUAAAACACAUCAAUCAGAGAAGGAACAGAUGGAAGCAGAUGUACAAACGGCGAAAAGUCAGAGCCAAGUGGAUAUAUCUGAAUACAGGGAACAAAUAAAGCAACAUUCCAUCACGAUUUGUUCCUUGGAAGAGAAAUUAAGCAAGGCAAAGAAGCUCAAUGGGGAAUAUUCAGAUAGAAUUACCCAGCUACAAAAUGACUUACACGAGGAGAGGACCAAAUUACCAGCAAAUGCAUCAUUACCACUCAAACCAAAGGUUAUCAUUCAAAAACCUCCCCAGGCGGUCUUAGAACUGGAAAGGGAAAUUGCUGCUCUUAGAGCAGAAAUUCUUCAGUUAAAACAUGUUUUACAGGAGAAAGACAAUAUAAUUGUUAAGCAGCGUCGUGAUAUUGUUGAAGCUUAUGCUCGUUUGUCUGAUAUGGCAGGUGAACUAAGUGAAGAUAAUAAAGAAGAGUUAGAAUUAAGUAGGCAAUCCGUUAACAGACAUAUGCAGGAGAUGAUAAUUAUGAAGGAAAAGCAUGCUGCAUUAUCUAAAGAGAUUGAGGCUAAGAAGGAAGCCAUCUUGAAAUUACAAAUGGAUCUGGAGGUGGUGCGGACACAAUCAGUAAACAAAGAGAAAACUAACGAGGAUCUGUCUAAGCAGAUAAGACUCCUGCGGGAAUUUGUUAACAGAAAACAGCAACACAGGUUUCACAGUGAACCAGGUUUCCAUGCGCACUGUUGUUGUGUGGAUGAUAAUGGGCGAUUGAAGAAUGAUAUCCCAGAAAAGAGCGAGUCCUGUAACGAAGAAUUAAAACCACCUCCGUUCCCUGUUGACAAAAAAAUUCUGUUGAUCCGUGAAGAAGACAGUCAUGGAAUACCUGACAAUGUCAGCUCCAACAAUUCUUGCCUACAACAACAUUACCCAUCUGCCAGUUGUGAAGCUGAGUUAGAGAGGAAUUCUCACAGAGACACUCUUAAUGCGCUUGAGGCAAGUGAAAACUCGUUCUUAUUUCUGUUGAAAAAUCUGCUGAGUUCACUAGAAAUGAAAGGCAACUCGGGGUUACAGUCUGUUGCCCACAUCUCACAAAAUGAAAGAGACAAUGUCAUUCUAAAGAGAAAAGAGAUUUGUCAACGACUUCUUCAGGAAAUUCAGAAUCUUCAACAACAGUUGGAACGGAAACAGGAAUUGUUGCAAGACUAUGAAGGAAGUUUGGGCCAGCUUCGGAAAGCAGAGGAACUUGCUGAAAAGAAAAAUCGAGAAGCAGACAGUCUGACGGCACAUAUGUUACUGAAGACAGAAGAAACCAAUUUGCUUCGAGACUCCUUGAACAAGACCAAGCAGCAGCUUCAACAAGAGAAACGAUUAAACAGUGCCAUUAAACAUAAGAAAACGUUUCAUCUUGAAAAUGAGAAAAGCCACCUAGGAUUGAAACCUGUAGCGCAUCACUGCUAUUCUGAUACUGCAUCGUCUGAGAAGCCUUCAAGAGAUGGAGUCAGUCGGAAAAAUACUGGACAAAAAUCCGGGAAGAGAGAACAAUCGAUGAAAAAUAAAAAACAAUAAAGAAACAAAGUUGAUGGUUUAUACAUAAACAUCACUAAUCUUAUUAUAUAAUAAAGGAAUAACUAUUCGUUAUAUAUAA